AUGCAUGAUGUUACUUUGAAUUCAAAUGAUACGUUUGUUGAUAAUGAUUUUCCGUUUGAAAUGAAACGAUUUUUAGAAAAUGAGAAUCAAGUCUCUUCCAUGGAAGAAACUAUUGAAAUUAAUUUGAAUUCGGGGGAGGAUCCACAAAUUGUCUUGAUAGGCCAAAGCCUAGAUGAAAACGAGCGUCAUCAUCUAAUUGAGUUGUUGAAGCUUAACAAAGACGUCUUUGCAUGGUCCUAUAAAGACAUGCCGAGCAUUGACCCCGAAAUUGUCCAACAUCGUAUUUCGUUGUACCCGGAUGCCAAGCCUGUCAAGAAGAAGCUCCAGCGUAUGAAACCCGACAUGGUCGACAAGAUUAAGGAAGAGGUGCAGAAACAAUUGGAAGCCAGCUUUCUAGAUGUUGUCGAAUAUCCAGAAUGGGUCGCCAAUGUGGUCCCCGUGGCUAAGAAAGAUGGAAAAGUCUGUGUGUGCGUGGACUACCGUGAUCUCAACAAAGCUAGCCCCAAAGAUAAUUUCCCACUCCCACACAUUGACGUGUUGGUUGACCACGCGGCUGGUCAUGAGCUCCUAUCAUUCAUGGAUGGUUUCUCAGGCUAUAAUCAAGUUUUGAUGGCGCCUGAGGACAAAGAAAAGACUACUUUUAUCACUGAGGUUGGCACCUUCUGCUACCGUGUAAUGCCUUUCGGGCUGAAGAACGCUGGAGCCACGUAUCAGAGGGCGGCCACCACUAUCCUCCACGACAUGAUCCACAAGGAAGUCGAAGUCUACGUCGAUGAUAUGAUUGUCAAAUCCAGGAAUCGAGCGAGACACAUUGUAAACCUAGAGAAGUUCCUUCAAAGGAUUCGGAAAUACCAACUUCGUUUAAAUCCAAAGAAAUGCACAUUCGGUGUUACUGCCGGUAAGAUGCUGGGAUUUCUAAUUACUCAAAGAGGAAUAGAAGUCGACCCUAGCAAAAUUGCAGCCAUCACGGCCAUGCCAACACCCCGGAACGAGCGAGAGGUUCGAGGAUUUCUCGGGAAAAUCCAGUACAUUAGUCGCUUCAUCAGUAAGCUCACUUCCACUUGCGAUCCUCUCUUCAAGCUUCUGAAGAAGGAUCAAAAAUUCGUCUGGAGUGACGCUUGUCAACACGCCUUUGAUAAGGUGAAAGCUUAUUUGCAAUCCCCUCCUAUCCUCAUGUCUCCGAGGCCAGGAGUUCCUUUGAUUCUUUAUCUCACCGUCACCGAGUCAUCCAUGGGGAGCAUGUUGGCCCAAGAGAACGAGAACAAAGAGGAAGUAGUUGUCUACUACCUCAGCAAAAGGAUGACCGGUUACGAGUUGAACUAUUCUUCUGUGGAAAAAGUCUGUUGGGCACUAGCCUGGGUAACGAAGAGGUUGCGCCACUACAUGCAAGCCCACCCAAUCAAGCUAGUGUCAAGGCUCGAUCCCAUUCGUUUCUUGUUUCAAAGAAUUCUUCUUUCGCCGCGUCUUGCUAAAUGGGUGAUGAUGAUUUCAGAAUAUGACAUCACACAUACUGUGCAAAAGUCAAUCAAGGGGAGCAUAGUGGCUGAUUUCCUAGCUGAUCAACCAAUCACCGUUGGAGACGAUGACGAAGAGAUGGUCUUUCCAGAUGAUGAGAUCAUGGUUGUUCAAUCCGAAACGUGGAAGUUAAUGUUCGAUGGCGCGUCGGGCAGACAAGGUUACGACAUUGGUAUCCUUUUGAUCGAUCCUGCUGGCACGUAUAAUCCUACUUCUGUUAAGUUGAGUUAUAGUGUCACCAACAACGAGGCUGAGUACGAAGCAUGCAUUGCUGGGAUCAAGUUAGCUAGCGAGAAGAGGAUUAACAGAUUGGAGGUUAUUGGAGACUCGAAUCUUGUAAUCUCACAAGCCAAUGGAGAUUGGCAGGUCAAAGGCGACAAUCUUAAACCUUAUCAUUCUUUUCUCAUGCGUUUAAUCGCCAAAUUCGAAAGUGUUGUUUUCAUCCAUGCUUCAAGGAGUCAGAACCGUUUCGCUGACGCCCUUGCAACUCUUGCGGCAAUGACUCAGAUUCCCGAAGGAAUCAAGAUCAAGCCACUCAAAAUCCAACAAAGGUGCAAUCGCAUCUAUGAGAAACUAGUGGUGGCUAACGCUAGUAUCUCAAGCAAACCUUGGUUCGAGCCCAUUCAAUCAUAUAUCGAAAGGGGGGAAUACCCUGCCCACUUUCAGAAGAAAGAGCGUCGCGCUCUCCGUCAGUUUGCCACUAGCUAUGUGGUUGUGGCGGGAUGUCUCUAUCGACGAUCUUUUGAUGGAAAAAACAUGCUUUGUGUAGAUCAGGCGGAGUCUACUACCAUCAUGGAAGAAGUGCAUGCUGGGAAUUGCGGUUCCCACAUGAAUGGCAUGGCUCUUGCUAAGAAAGUUCUUCGGCUAGGCUACUUUUGGCAGAACUUGGAACAAGAUUGCAUUGCGUUCGUCAAGAAGUGUCACCAGUGUCAAAUUUAUGCUAAUCUAAAGCAUACUCCCGCUUCUCUCCUCUAUAACAUGAUUUCUCCAUGGCCAUUUUCUACAUGGGGAAUCGACAUCAUUGGGAAAAUCCACCCUCACGCAUCCAGUGGCCAUGAAUUCAUAUUGGUCGCUAUUGAUUACUUUACCAAGUGGGUUGAGGCUUCUUCAUUCAAAAUCCUCAAAUCCUCCCACGUGGCAAAGUUCAUUCGCAAUAAUAUCAUUAGUCGAUACGGGGUUCCCCAUUCGAUGAUUUCCGAUAAUGGACGACACUUUCAAGGUAAUGUGCUCGAACUUUUAAGAGAAUUCAAAAUCGAGCAUCAUAAGUCUUCACCAUAUCGACCGCAAACCAACGGGGCAGUCGAGACUGCUAACAAGAAUGUGAUCUCAAUCUUGAAGAAAACCACACAAACAUAUAGGGAUUGGCAUGAGAAGCUACCCUAUGCUAUGUGGGGUUACCGAACCACCGCUCGGACUUCCACGGACGAAAAUCCUUAUUCGUUGGUAUAUGGCAUGGAGGCAGUUCAACCCAUUGAGUUGGAAUUGCCUACUCUCAGGGUUCUUUUGGAGAGCCACGUCAUCGAGGAAGAUUGGCUGAAGUCCAGAUACGACCAACUAUCACUCAUGGAGGACCGGAGGCUAGAUGCCCUAUGCAAGACACAAGCUUAUCAACAACGCAUGGCAAGGGCGUUCAACAAGAAGGUUAAGCCUAGGCAUCUUGUUGUAGGGGACCUUGUUCUUAGAAAAACCCGAGAGCUGCAGGACCCUAGAGGAAAAUUUCAGCCGCCAUGGGAGGGACCUUUCAUCAUCAAGCAGAUUUUUUCAGGUGGAGCUGUUCGCCUCGCCACUCUCGAUGGCGAUGAGUGUUCAUCACCCUUUAAUCUUGACACGCUCAAGAAAUACUAUUCCUGA